UAUUUUUAUUAUUAUUAUUAUUAUUGUCUUGUUUCCAUGAAGCCCCUGACCUGUAACUCCAGCACCUUUCAAAGCAGGGAACCAGUGACCAAGCAAUUAGUUCUUUUUGCCGAUUCCAGACAAAUAAGUAGUGCUCAGGAAAUAUUGUCCAACUUAAGGUCCAGGUUUAACGUGGACGUGGUUUUUACCAAACUAAGUGGUUCCGACUUUUUGGUAAGUCUGCGGACUGGAGUCGAACGGAUAUACAUGUCAGAAUUCUCCAAUUUUUCCAACACCCGGAAAAUUACUGAACGUCUACAACUUCUCAUCGAUCUCCAUGAUCGGCCAUGCCUGAUUGUGGAGAAGAACCCUGUGAAAAAGGGCCUCGCUAGCACCAAAACCCCUUUCUAUCAAACGAAAUACCUGGAGAAGCUUCUCUCUCGGCUCAGCCUCAGUCCAAUUAAGCUGCUUUUUUCUGACAGCAAAGGUAAAAAUAAUCUUCCCUGACUUUAAAAUUCUGAGUUUUUACAGACCCACAGAUCAAUGUUUUGAUUACUUACACAAACAUGCUCUCCCCCACACGGUUUUGUUUCCUCAUAACUUUCAGAAAAAUGGAUACUUUUUCAAUGAAAUUUUCUUCAAAUACCUUUCAGAUGAUGUAGAUUAUGAUUAUUUUGGAAUUUAAUGUGAAAAGAUUUUUUGGAGUUGUGGGGGAGAAGAGUUUCGGAUAAUUCAUACAAAUUGACUCUGUUUCUUCAUAACUUUUGACUUUUUCUCAUAACUUUCAGAAAAAUUGGUAUUUUUUAAUGAAAUUUUUCUACAAAUACUUUUCAGAUGGUGUAGAUUAGGCUUAUGUUAAAAUUUAAAUUGGGAAAAAAAAAAUUUGUGGACACAUUUAC